ACGAAAAGCCUGAGCUAGUGUUCCUCCAACAAAAGGAGCUCUUAUUUUACCCUGGAACAUGUUUUCAAUACAUGGAUUGGGUUUUGGUAUUUACCCUGAACGCUAUGUAACGUUAGGAUAUGCUGGAUAAUCGGUUUGCGUCAUUUGAGACACGAUGGGAAGGAUUUCUUUUUUCAGGAGGGAGAUAUACUGCUGUUAUUUCAUCUUUAUGUGGAAUUCUAUAGAGGCACAUGUGCGCUAUGUCAUUCCAGAGGAGCUGAGGGGUGGAUCGGUGGUUGGAAAUAUCGCCAAAGACCUUGGUUUAGAUUUUUCCGAGGUUGCAGUUCGUAAUUUGAGAAUAGCCUCCGAGUCAGGUAAGCAGUUCUUCAGCGUAGCCGCGGAAAGCGGCGAGCUCAUUGUGAAUGAAAGAAUUGACAGAGAGAGCCUUUGUGGUUACGCCGUGCCGUGUUUGCUGCCUCUGGAAGCAGUUGUAGAAAAUCCUCUGCAGUUACAUCGCGUUGAGAUUGAAAUACAAGACAUUAAUGACAACACUCCGAGUUUUCAUUCGAAUCAGCGCGUUUUAAAUAUUCCUGAGUCGAUAAACCCUGGCGCGAAAUUUCUCCUCGAGAGCGCCGAUGAUCCCGACGUCGGAUCGAAUUCUUUGCAGGCGUACACUCUGGGAAGCAAUAAAUAUUUUGUGUUGAAUGUAAAAACUCAAGACGGCAUUAAAAUCCCCGAGUUAGUAUUGGACAAACCGCUCGAUCGGGAAAAGCAGGCUACUCAUAGGCUCAUCCUGACGGCGGUAGACGGCGGAAAACCGGUGCGAUCUGGUACUUGUGAAGUCAAGGUCAUAGUUCUUGAUAUUAAUGAUAAUGCGCCGCAGUUUGAGAAGUCCUUCUAUGAAGCCAACGUGAGUGAAAAUGAACCAAUUGGAAAUGAAAUGGUUAAGGUUAGCGCUGUAGAUUUAGACGAGGGUGCAAAUGGAGAAAUUGAGUACGCUUUUGCAGACAAAACAUCUGACGCGUUAAAGGCCGUUUUUCUUAUUAACCCGACUACUGGUGUGAUUACUGUAAAAGGAAAGCUCGAUUUUGAACAAGCUAAUUUAUACAAAUUCGACAUAAUGGCCAAAGACAAAGGAAACCCUCAGAUGGAAGGGCACUGUAGUGUAAAAAUAAUGAUCAGUGACAUUAAUGACAACGCUCCAGAAAUAGUGAUUACAUCUCUGUCCAGCCCAGUGCCCGAAAACUCUCCGAAUAACACAGUCGUGGCGCUGAUCAGCACUAAAGAUGCAGAUUCCGGUGAAAAUGGUAAAGUGAAUCUCACCGUGGCCUCCGGCUCACCAUUUAAACUGAUUCCUUCUCUAUCUAAUCGUUAUACACUGGUUACAACCGGGUCACUAGACCGAGAGAAAUACCCUGAGUACCAGAUCAAAUUAAAUGCAGUUGAUUCUGGCUUGCCAACUCUGCACGCAGAAAAGAUGGUCAAAAUUAGCAUCUCCGAUGUCAACGAUAAUCCUCCUGUUUUCUCUCAAAAGUCGUAUACAGUUUACACGAGAGAAAACACUGUUCACGGCUCAAUUCUGUGUUCUGUAUCAGCACAUGACCCGGAUCUUGGUCAAAAUGCUAAAAUUUCCUACUCCAUUUUGGAAUCUAAAGUUCAAGAUGUAUAUGUCUCGUCGUACAUCUAUAUUAAUUCAGACAACGGGACCAUCUUCAGUAUGCACUCAUUUGAUCACGAAAAGAUGAAAGUGUUUCAGAUCAAAGUCCAAGCGAAAGAUAACGGCUCUCCGUCUCUGAGCAGCAACGCCACGGUUCAUGUUUUUAUUGUGGACCAGAACGACAACGCCCCCGCUGUCAUUUACCCCUCUGCACUCAUGGGCUCUGUCUCUCAUCAGAGGUUGCCCCGCUCCGCUAAAGCAGGAUACCUCGUUACUAAAGUCACAGCAGUGGACGCUGACUCGGGCCAUAACGCCUGGAUUUCCUAUCGGCUAGCGGAGGCGACGGACGCGUCCCUGUUCACUGUCAGUUUACACACAGGAGAGGUGAGGACUAAGCGCUCUGUGUCAGAGCAGGAUGACUCCUCUCAGAGACUGCUCAUAGAGAUACAGGACAACGGAGAACCGGUGCAGUCCACCACAGUCACACUGGAUAUACUGAUAGAGGACGCCUUUCAUGAACCAAUCUCAGACUUCAGACACAAAAAUCCAGAACCUGAUCAGAAAAGUAGCAAAAUCACAUUAUAUCUCAUGAUUUCUCUUGCCUCCGUCUCCUUUUUAUGUUUGGUGACAUUUUUCGUAUUGUUAAUAAAAUGCGCUCGGAGCAGUAGAGGCAGCUCGACUUGCUGUAUCAGACGGAGCGAUGGUGAGUCUAAAAACCACAACAGAAACCUGCAGAUCCAGCUCAACACUGACGGACCCAUUAAAUAUGUGGAGGUGCUGGGAGGAGACAUGAUGUCUCAGAGUCAGUCGUUCGGCUCCUAUCUCUCUCCAAUGUCCGAAUUCAGUGAUUUCACCCUUGUUAAACCCAGCAGCACCACAGACUUUACAAACACUCUAAGCGUGCUCGAUGCGUCACUACCGGACAGCACGUGGACGUUUGAGAGUCAGCAGGUGAGCAUUUAUUUUAACUUAUAUCUGAGCAAAAUGUGCUAA